AAGCGUUCCUAUAUAAACCGCCGGGCGAAAAAUACACCGGGAAAAGGAGACCGGCUGGUUGGCUUUGGUUGGUUGGUCGCACUCUCUCCUCUCCAUCCAUCACCACCACCUUAUCAUCUUCCCCAUCAUCGUCAUCCUCUCCACCACCGUCUGCGUGAGCACAGUGCCAACGCCGGCGUCGUCUCCACUGCCGCCGUCGCUCGACAUGGCCACCACUCAAGAGGAGCAGAAGACGAGCGUCGUCGAGGCCGUGGAGCAGCCUUCCCCCGUGGCGGCGGCGGCGCCGGCGGAGGAGAAGACAAGCGUUAAGGCCGUGGAGGAGCCUUCCCCGGCGGCUGCGGCGCCGGCAGAGGAGAAAACAAGCGUUAAGGCCGAGGAGGAGCCUUCCCCGGCGGCUGCGGCGGCGGAGGGGCAGCGGCGGCCGCCUGCGGCUACGGCGGCGCGCCGGGCGGGUGCUCCGGCCAGCCCCUUCGACUUCUCCACCAUGAUGAACUUGCUCAACGACCCGAGCAUCAAGGAGAUGGCGGAGCAGAUCGCCAAGGACCCGUCAUUCAGCGAGAUGGCGGAGCAGCUGCAGAAGACGGUGGCGCCGGCGCCGGCGGCGUCGGCGUCCGCGCGGUCGCCGCAGGAGGUGGCGGCGGCGCUGGACCCGCAGAAGUACGUGUCGACGAUGCAGCAGCUGAUGCAGAACCCGCAGUUCGUGGCCAUGGCGGAGCGGCUGGGCAGCGCGCUGAUGCAGGACCCGGCCAUGUCCUCCGUCCUGGGCGGCCUCACCAACCCCGCCCAGAAGGAGCAGCUCGAGGCCCGCGUCGCCCGCAUGAAGGACGACCCCUCCCUCAAGCCCAUCCUCGACGAGAUCGAGUCCGGCGGCCCCGCCGCCAUGAUGAAGUACUGGAACGACCCGGAGGCGCUGCAGAAGUUCGGCCGGGCAAUGGGGGUGGGCCCGUCUGGCGCCGCCACCGGAGCUGAAGCCGAGGCAGAGGAGGAAGAGGUUGCUGCCGGCGAGGAAGGGGAGUACGAGGAGGAAUCUAUCAUCCACCAGACGGCGAGCGUGGGCGACGUGGAGGGGCUGAAGAAGGCGCUGGCCGACGGCGUGGACAAGGACGAGGAGGACUCGGAGGGGCGGCGGGGGCUGCACUUCGCGUGCGGCUACGGCGAGCUCGGGUGCGCGCAGGCGCUGCUGGAGGCCGGCGCCGCCGCGGACGCCGUGGACAAGAACAAGAACACCGCGCUCCACUACGCCGCCGGCUACGGCCGCAAGGAGUGCGUGGCGCUGCUCGUCGACCACGGCGCCUCCGUGACGCUGCAGAACCUGGACGGGAAGACGGCCAUCGACGUGGCGAGGCUCAACAGCCAGGAGGAGGUGCUCAAGCUGCUGGAGAAGCACGCCUACGUCUAGACGCCGUCGCCUCUCUGCAUACGCCAUGCCAUCAUCAGUCGAUCUUGCCUUCAGUUUGCUUAAUUUUAUUAUUAUUUCAGAUUAUGCUUAUUACAAUAUUUUCCAUGGAAGAAAAAAAGGGUCUCUCUUCGGCUGUAAUUCAUAUUUCAUCCAUCUGUAUCUAUUGAGUGUGGGUAGAAUUUAUCUGGUUUCUGGAUUAUUUAUUAUCGAUUUUGCAUUUUGCUGGUCGUUUCAAAGUUUUGCUUCGUGAAUAAAGAAAUAAAAUUCAUGUUUCAUAGUUUA